CCACAUUCUGCGCUCUCCUUCGAAAGAUUAGCGCCUCACGAACCAUUAAUAUUUUUCUAACGCCCUUCUUGUUUCCUUAUGGGUUACAUUAGGCCAGCUACUCCUGGCUUCCUGAUAACCCUCAUAGCCACCAUCUUGUUGGCUGUCGUAUCCUUCUCUGUACCUCUCAUAAAAUCUGUAUACUUCCUCAAGGCAAGCCUUGCCGCCGAAGGCACCAAUGGUUACAUCACGUUUGGAACCUUGGGGUAUUGUUCGGAUAUCUCGGGGAACGUUUCGUGUUCUAGUGCAACAGUGGGGUAUGAGCUCAACAUCAAUGCCUUGGUAGGCGAUAAUACGACUCUCCAAAUUCCUACUAUAGUUGUAAAGUGGCUCACGUAUGCCCUUGUCCUGCAUAUCGUGGCCUUUGGCCUCGCAGGGGUAGCCGCCAUCUUUGGUCUACUCGCUCACGUCCGUGAAAUGGCCAUGACUUGUUUCAGCAGCUGUAUAUCAGGAUUUGCCGCUACUGUCGCCCUUACUGCUUUCGUUUUUGACCUCGCUAUCUUUUUUAUCGCCAAGUCCAGGAUGAACAGUGUUUCAGGUGGCUCUGCUUCCAUUGGCAACGCUGUAUGGAUCACGCUUGUCGCCUGGAUCCUACUGUUCCUCAGCGGAUGUUUCUAUGGCGUUGGAAGGUGUUGCAUGAGAAGGCGUCCAAAGGGUGACCCUAUGGGUGGGAAUGCAUACGCAGAUCAAAUGCGUCUUGACGCCGUCAAAGCGGAAGUAGAUCGAAAAGCAAGACAACAGCAAGGCGAAAUUGGUUUACCGCCAUUCCAGGAAUACGAUCCAUCCCAGCCACUGAAAGCAAGAAUCUCUGAUGAUGGUGUAUUUUUGGACGAGGAGGAUGGCGUGCCAUUCCGAGACAACCAGAGCGUCUCCACCGCCGGAAGAGCUGGCAUGGGGUCCUAUGGUCGUCGUCCAUCAGCAAACGGCUACGCUGGGGGAGGUUAUGUGCAGGCUCCUCGCGGCACACGCGCUAUUGAUGAAUAUAACAACACUUCUCCAUAUGCGGCGCCGCCACGCCGGAAGAGUAGCACCCUCACUCAGACUACGUCCUCCAGUACUUAUCCGCCAACAUCUACGACUCACUCGAUGUCGCCUCUUAAUACGUAUGCUGUCCCUGAGGCUGCAAUCACCUUCCCAGCGCAAAAUGCUUCCGGCGCUUACUAUAGUGACCCAUACUCCCCGCAGGCAUAUGGCCACGUGGAAGGUGGCUCUUCGCGCACCCCUCCGCAGCAACAUGCCCCUUAUAACCCUUGGGAACCACAGCAAACUCAGCCAUCCUUCAACCCAGAUUCAUACAAUGCUUCGGGUGUGAUAGCUGCGGCUUCAUAUGCUACUGCACACAACCCCCAGCCUCCUCAGCGCGAGCGGAGCUAUGCUGCCAGCACUACUAGUGUUCCACAGCCGUCGGACCCAUACUAUACUUCCAAUUACCAUAGUUCGACUAAUAUGUCGAGUUCUCCGCCGCCAAUCAACACUACCGGUGCGUAUGCGGCACCUUCGAACACGAGUGCUGUAAGGGGCCCGAGGGGACCGCCGAGCCCUGUGGUGAUGUCCCCUCCAUCACAGAUGUACAACGACAACCCACCGAUGUAUGAGGAUGGUCCAUCGCGAACGCCUGCGCAGUGGAAGAAUUGAAUACGAUGUGUAGUAUCUUCAUGAUGAUUUCAUGGAGUUGAUAUAUCUACUGCAUAUUUUUUAUCUAUGGACCGUAUCAGAUUUGGCUGUAAGACUUUAUCUAUCUCGAUACCCUGUGUUAUAUUGCGAAAUAGUAGCUUGCCUUGAAACAAUAACCUAGCAUGUGUGU